AACUCGGUUAAGAAAGUAUCAGUUAUCUUCAAAUAGUUUAACAAAUCAAACUCAUCCAACAUGCAAUCGUUUAUUGUAUUUACACUUUUGGUCGCCGUUGCUACUGCUGCUUCAGUUGGACCUGCACCACAAGCUCAAAAUAUCAUGCAUACAAUUUCUGAAGAAUCCAACAUCAACCCAGCUGCUGCUCCAGCUGAGUUGGCUAGAUUGAAGAAGUCCGCUUAUGGAGGUGGUGCACCAGCAUCUUACUCAGCUCCACCUUGCCCAAAGAACUAUCUCUUCAGUUGCCAACCUAAUGUGGCUCCAGUUCCAUGUGCUCCAUCAGGAGGCGGUUAUGCAGGAGCCUACUCAGUUCCAGUACCAACUUAUGCUCUUCCCAGCGGUCCACACUACGGAAUCCCACAAGAACUUCUUAGACCAUACUACUAUUAAGGUGUUAAAUAAAAAUUUUAUUUGCUAUGUGCCAAAAAAAAGUCUUAUUAAUAAAAAAAAAAAAAUCAUUCAUAAUGAAAAGAAA